AGAAUAAUAGUAAUUAAUUACAUAGUUUAAAAAGAAAAAAGUAAAAAGGAGACGCUGGUGGGUCUUGGUAUUGUCCGUUUAAGCCUCCACCUUCUCCCACUACAGCCAAAUUAGGAGGGAGAGAUAGAGAAUUCAACGUGAAGAGUACUAACACUGCACACUUCUUCUUCCUUCGUUCCUUCGCUUUUUGAUUUCUUUCUCUCUGAACCACAACCGCGUCGCUUCUCCUUCUAGGGUUUCGCAGCCAUGGGAGCUGCUUGGAGGCAGUUGAAGGUCAUGCUCCGCAAGAACUGCCUCCUCAAAAUUCGUCAUCCUUUCGUCACUGCCGCCGAGAUUUUGCUCCCUACGAUUGUAUUGUUGCUGUUAGUGGCUGUAAGGACAAAAGAGGAUACACAAAUUCAUCUUGCUCAACCGCACAUUCAAAAAGAUAUGUUUGUGGAAGUGGGCAAAGACAUAUCACCCAACUUUCAACUAGUUUUGCAAUCAUUGUUGGAAAAGGGAGAGUAUUUAGCUUUUGCGCCAGAUACGGAUGAGACGAAGCUGUUGAUAGACGUAGUGUCAAUAAAAUUUCCCCUCUUGAAGUAUGUUAAUAGAGUAUACAAAGAUGAGGCGGAGUUGGAAACCUACAUCCGCUCUGAUGCUUAUGGCACCUGCAAUCAAGCAAGGAAUUGUUCAACUCCAAAAAUUAAAGGAGCAAUCGUGUUUUAUGAACAAGGCCCUCAAUCAUUUGAUUACAGCAUACGCCUCAAUCAUACAUGGGCUUUCUCUGGUUUUCCUGAUGUUACAACAAUAAUGGACACCAAUGGUCCUUUUCUUAAUGACUUGGAACUUGGUGUUAGUGCUAUACCGACAAUGCAAUACAGCAUCAGUGGGUUUUUGACUCUCCAGCAAAUGGUUGAUUCGUUCAUAAUAUUAACAGCCCAGCUGUCUGACUUAAAUCUGAAUGCUGAAAGUCUGGGCCUUCUUCUUCCAGGCUUCAAUAACUCUAAUUUCUCUAUGAAAAAUCCAUGGACUCAGUUUAACCCUGCUCACAUACGAAUUGUUCCAUUUCCCACCCGAGAGUAUACUGAUGACCAGUUUCAGUCAAUCAUAAAGAAAGUAAUGGGAAUAUUGUACUUAUUGGGGUUUCUCUAUCCAAUUUCUCGCCUAAUCAGUUAUUCUGUGUUCGAAAAGGAACAGAAGAUUAAAGAAGGACUAUAUAUGAUGGGCCUAAAAGAUGGUAUAUUUCAUCUUUCUUGGUUUAUCACAUAUGCAUUGCAGUUUGCAAUUUCUUCUGGAAUCCUUACAGCUUGCACCAUGUAUAAUUUAUUCAAGUAUAGUGAUAAGACACUGGUGUUUGCAUACUUUUUUGCUUUUGGGCUAAGUGCAAUCAUGCUCUCAUUCCUUAUAUCAACAUUUUUCAAACGGGCUAAAACAGCUGUAGCUGUUGGAACUCUAUCUUUUCUUGGAGCUUUUUUCCCAUAUUACACAGUAAAUGACGAGGGAGUUUCAAUAAUCUUGAAGGUUAUUGCUUCUUUGCUUUCACCUACUGCCUUUGCUUUGGGUUCGAUCAACUUUGCUGAUUAUGAGCGUGCACAUGUCGGACUUCGUUGGAGUAACAUAUGGAGGGAAUCAUCUGGAGUGAACUUUCUUGCAUGUCUUCUGAUGAUGAUACUUGAUACACUGCUAUAUUGUGCGGUUGGACUUUAUUUUGACAAGGUUCUUCCGAGGGAGUAUGGAAGGAGAUACACAUGGAGCUUUAUUUUCCAAAGGGACUUCUGGAGGAAGAAAAAAGUUGUAAAAGAUAGUUCCUCCGUUUCUAAUGUUAAAGUAUUUGGUAAGAAUUCUGAGUCAGAAGGGAAGAUUUCAAGGGAAUAUACUUCCAGACCUGCCAUUGAACCAAUAAGCUUAGACAUGAAACAGCAGGAGCUUGAUAGCAGGUGCAUUCAAAUCAGGAAUUUACAUAAAGUGUAUGCUACAGAGAAAGGAGAUUGCUGUGCUGUUAACUCUUUACAGCUGACACUGUACGAAAACCAGAUUCUUGCCCUCCUAGGACAUAAUGGAGCUGGGAAAAGCACGACAAUCUCAAUGCUUGUUGGUCUGCUUCGUCCUUCUUCUGGGGAUGCUUUGGUAUUUGGAAAGAAUAUUGUAUCAGAUAUUGAUGAGAUACGGAAGGUUUUGGGUGUCUGCCCACAACAUGAUAUACUCUUUCCUGAAUUAACAGUUAGAGAACAUUUGGAACUGUUUGCUAUAUUAAAGGGAGUGGAGGAACACUUGUUGGACAAUGCUGUUGUUAAUAUGGCUGAUGAGGUGGGCCUGGCUGAUAAAAUCAACAGUAUUGUGAGAACUCUUUCUGGUGGCAUGAAGAGGAAAUUGUCUCUUGGAAUUGCAUUGAUUGGCAACAGUAAGGUUAUAGUCCUUGAUGAACCUACCAGUGGAAUGGAUCCAUACUCAAUGCGCUUGACUUGGCAGUUAAUAAAAAAAAUUAAGAAGGGCAGGAUAAUUUUGCUAACUACACAUUCUAUGGAUGAAGCGGAUGAAUUAGGUGACCGGAUAGCGAUCAUGGCCAAUGGCUCUCUGAAAUGCUGUGGAAGUUCCCUUUUCUUGAAGCAUCAUUAUGGAGUUGGUUAUACUCUAACCCUAGUGAAGUCAGCUCCCACUGCUUCCAUUGCUAGUGAUAUAGUAUACCGUCAUGUUCCAAAUGCAACAUGUGUAAGCGAGGUUGGAACUGAGAUUUCUUUUAGGCUUCCAAUGGCAUCCUCAUCGGCCUUUGAGAGGAUGUUUAGGGAAAUUGAAGGUUGCAUGAAAAAACCAGUUUCGAACAUGGAAUUGAAUGGUAAAAUUGAAAAAGACAAUAUUGGUAUUGAAAGCUAUGGCAUAUCUGUAACAACCCUGGAAGAGGUAUUUUUAAGAGUUGCAGGAUGUGAUGCUGAUGAGGUUGAAUGCUUUGAAGAAAAUAACCAUUCUCUGAUAUCAGACUCUGUGGCUUCACUUCCUACUAAUGAUGAUGCUUCCCCAAAAAUAAGUUGUCUUAAAAUUCUUGGAAAUUAUAAGAGGAUUCCGGGUUUGGUGUCUACCAUGUUGGGAAGAGCUUGUCAAUUAAUUUUUGCUACAAUUUUUAGUUUUAUCAACUUCUUGGGUGUGCAGUGCUGCAGUUGUUGUCUCAUUACUAGGUCAACAUUUUGGCAACAUCUUAAAGCCUUAUUCAUUAAAAGGGCAAUAUCUGCUCGCAGAGAUAACAAAACAAUUGUUUUCCAGCUAAUGAUUCCUACUCUCUUCCUGUUCGUUGGUCUUCUAUUUCUUAAGCUCAAGCCACAUCCUGAUCAGCAAUCGCUGACCCUUUCAACUUCUCACUUUAAUCCUCUAUUGAGUGGUGGUGGUGGGGGAGGUCCAAUUCCAUUUAAUCUUUCUUUGCCAAUUGCUGAAAAGGUAGCACAAAAUGUCAUGGGAGGUUGGAUACAGAGGUUCAAGUCGAGCUCAUACAGAUUCCCUGAUUCAGAAAAAGCAUUGGCUGAUGCAGUGGAAGUAGCGGGACCAACACUGGGACCUGCUCUUCUUUCUAUGAGUGAAUAUUUGAUGUCUAGUUUUAAUGAGUCCUACCAAUCUAGGUAUGGGGCAAUUGUGAUGGAUGAUCAAAGUAAUGAUGGAAGCUUAGGAUACACUGUAUUACACAACUGUUCUUGUCAACAUGCUGCUCCCACCUUUAUCAAUUUGAUGAAUUCUGCGAUUCUUAGGCUUGCAACUCAAGACACAAAUAUGACAAUUCGAACACGCAACCACCCUCUGCCAACGACACAAAGCCAGCGCUUACAACGUCAUGAUCUGGAUGCUUUCUCUGCUGCAGUUAUUGUCAACAUUGCUUUCUCUUUUAUACCUGCCUCAUUUGCCGUUUCAAUUGUUAAGGAACGUGAAGUGAAAGCUAAGCAGCAACAGCUAAUCAGUGGGGUUUCUAUCCUGUCAUAUUGGGCGUCUACAUAUAUUUGGGACUUUGUGAGCUUCUUGUUUCCUGCCUCUGUUGCCAUAGUUCUCUUUUAUAUCUUUGGUCUGGAACAGUUUGUCGGAGGGGUUUCUUUGCUACCAACAAUCCUCAUGCUCUUGGAAUAUGGACUUGCAAUUGCAUCAUCAACCUAUUGCCUUACAUUUUUCUUUUUUGACCACACCAUGGCUCAGAACGUGGUUCUGUUGAUUCACUUUUUCACUGGAUUGAUACUAAUGGUUAUCUCAUUCAUUAUGGGACUCAUGCCAUCAACAAUGAGUACCAAUUCUUUUCUUAAGAAUUUUUUCAGAAUAUCUCCUGGAUUUUGUUUUGCGGAUGGUCUUGCUUCAUUAGCUCUUUUGCGGCAAGGAAUGAAAGAUAAAACAAGUGAUGGAGUGUUUGAUUGGGAUGUUACUGGGGCUUCCAUCUGUUAUCUAGCUGUUGAGAGCUUUAGUUAUUUUCUGUUGACACUUGCACUUGAAAUUUUGCCUUCUAUCAAAUUGACUUCAUUCGUGAUCAAAAAGUGGUUGGAAAAAAUUAAUAUCUUCCGGCAUGAUAGUUCUUAUUUGGAACCUCUGCUGGAAUCUUCCUCUGAAACUGUUGUUACGGACUUCGAUGAAGAUGUAGAUGUAAAAACAGAAAGAAAUAGAGUACUUUCUGGUUCUCUUGACAAUUCCAUUAUCUACCUGCGCAAUCUUCGCAAGGUAUAUUUUGAGGAGAAGCAUCAUGGAAGAAAGGUUGCAGUAGAUUCUUUAACUUUCUCAGUUCAGGAAGGAGAAUGUUUUGGCUUUUUAGGAACAAAUGGAGCUGGAAAGACCACAACUCUUUCUAUGCUAUGUGGGGAAGAAUCUCCUUCUGAUGGGACUGCUUUUAUUUUUGGCAAAGAUAUAUGUUCCCAUCCAAAGGCUGCUCGUCGAUAUAUUGGAUAUUGUCCACAAUUUGAUGCCCUAUUGGAAUACCUAACUGUUCAAGAGCAUCUUGAACUUUAUGCCAGAAUAAAAGGUGUUCCAGAUUUUGCAAUUGAAAAUGUUGUUAUGGAAAAGUUGGCCGAGUUUGACUUGUUGAAACAUGCCAAUAAACCAUCAUUUUCGCUUAGUGGAGGAAAUAAAAGAAAACUGUCUGUUGCAAUUGCAAUGAUUGGUGACCCACCUAUAGUCAUUCUUGAUGAACCAUCCACAGGUAUGGAUCCCAUUGCCAAAAGGUUCAUGUGGGAUGUAAUGUCUAGGAUCUCAACAAGACGAGGAAAGACUGCAGUAAUUCUGACUACACACAGCAUGAAUGAAGCCCAAGCCUUAUGUACCAGAAUAGGAAUAAUGGUUGGUGGACAAUUGCGAUGUAUUGGAAGUCCACAGCAUCUAAAAACAAGAUUUGGGAAUCAUUUGGAACUAGAGGUCAAACCUACCGAAGUGAGUUCUGCAGACUUGCAAACCCUCUGCCAAGAUAUUCAAGAAAGACUUUUUGAAGUCCCGUCUCAUCCUAGAAGCUUACUUAAUGACCUUGAAAUUUGUAUUGGGGGCACUGACUCUGUCACGUCAGGAAAUACCUCCAUUGCGGAGAUUAGCUUGACAGGAGAAAUGAUAAGCUUAAUUGGGCACUGGCUUGGUAACGAAGAAAGAGUAAAGACAUUGAUCUCUUGUACGCCUGUCUUUGAAGGAGCUUCUCAUGAACAAUUAUCAGAACAACUGUUUCGUGGUGGUGGCAUUCCAUUGCCAGUAUUUUCUGAGUGGUGGCUGUCUAAACAAAAAUUCUCAGAAAUUGAUUCAUUUAUUCUCUCUUCAUUUCGUGGAGCAAGGUGCCAAGGGUGCAAUGGUUUGAGCAUCAGAUAUCAGUUACCAUAUAAUGAGGAUUUUUCCUUGGCAGACGUUUUUGGACUUCUUGAAAGAAAUAGGAAUACAUUUGGGAUUGCGGAGUACAGCAUCAGCCAGUCAACUCUAGAGACAAUAUUUAAUCAUUUUGCAGCUAAUCCAUGAGGAGCCCUCAUUUUACAAUCUCUUUCAUAAAAUGUUGUUUGUUGGUUAUAACGUUUUAAAUGUAUCAAAAUGAUGAUACUCUUGCUUGGAUGUAUAUUGUACAGUCAAUGAUUAUAGUGCCACUGAAUUGUAAAUAGAUUUCUUAGUACAAAGUCCCUUAAUCAAUCUAACUGUUUGGUGGGGGUGAUCCAUCUUAGGAUUAUCCUCAAUUAAUCUUUUUCCGUUCUAACA